CCAAGUGGUCACUCAACCGCAGUAGUUCGUUCGAUAAAGUCUGUCUGUCGCGUAAUUUUAGUGAUAUUUUCAAAAAGGGAAAAUUUCUCCCUUAUAUCUGUUUAGUGAGUAUAGUGAUCGAGCCGGGUUCCUGUGUUUCCUGUGAAAAAAACGCUUUUGCUCUUGAAACCGGAAGUAGCAUAUCCCCUAGGAAAAAUUCAAAUUGAUUUAAGGCAGUCAAUCGCACAGACUGACGACCAUUGGAGAAAAUCGUAAAAAUAAAGAUGUCUCACCAAACCGGAAUCAAGGCCAACACAGAGCUGCUUAAGUUCUUUGGAAAGUGCAAGGACGGAAAAACGCGCGUGCUCAAAGUUUCUAUCGAGAACGAGGAACUUGCGUUAGUGGACCACAAAGCAGUGAAAAAAGAUUGGGAAAAGGACUACGAUGCAUUCAUUAGACCACUUGUUGAGCUCGAUGUGCCAUGUUACAUCCUAUACCGCCUCGACUACAAAAUCCCUACCGGAUAUGCUUGGCUUCUGCUGAGCUGGGUUCCGGAAGCGGCCACCGUACGGCAGAAAAUGUUGUACGCCUCCACCAAAGCUACUUUGAAGUUGGAAUUCGGUUCCGGCCACAUCAAGGAAGAGUUGAAUGCCACCACCAAGGAGGAGACAACCCUUGAAGGAUAUCUGAAACACAAGGUAGAUUUCAGUGCUCCCGCACCGCUAACUAGUCGUGAGGAAGAACUGGCCAAUAUUCGGAAAAGUGAGGUGAAAACAGAUUUCGGCAUCGACACCAAGCAGCAAACAUUGGGUGGCAUAAACUGCCCCAUUUCGGAACCGACAGCUCAGGCAUUGAAUGACAUGCGACGAGGCGGCUACAACUACCUCCAGUUCCGGAUCGAUCUAGAAGAGGAACGGAUCCACCUGGUCAACGCAGCCAACAUUGACCUGCUCAAACUGCCAUCACAGAUCCCGACUGACCAUGCGCGUUAUCAUUUGUAUCUGUUUAAACAUGUCCAUGAAGGUCAACACUUGGAAAGUAUGGUAUUCGUCUAUUCCAUGCCCGGCUACAGCUGUUCAAUCCGAGAACGAAUGAUGUAUUCGAGCUGCAAAGGUCCGUUCAGUGCUACAAUCGAGAAACACGGUAUUGAUAUAGCUAAGAAGCUUGAAAUUGAUAACGGAGCCGAACUUACGGAGGAAUUUCUGUACGAAGAGUUACAUCCUCGUAAGUUGAAUCUGCGACCGCAAUUUUCAAAGCCCAAGGGACCUCCUAGUCGGGGUGCAAAAAGACUGACCAAACCACAGGCAGUAGAAUAAGUUUGUAGUUUGAGCUUCGUGAUGAUACAGGAACAUGCUACUCGGUUGUUCAGUUUUGUGUAGAAGAGUAUAAUACAUGGACGCUAUCCCAUCAGAGCGUAGGAAAAUUUAGAAACCCUGAACGUGUGCAAGCACACGUGACAUGCAAUAGAUAUUAAUCCUUAAGUAUUAUGUAACUCGAUUUGGUUGACAUGGAUUAUUUGAUAAGCCUCCAUUUUUUCAGCAUUUAAGCAGUCUUGAUUUGAAUCGGAGUAGAACUUGAUUUUUUAAGAAAUUGAAAAUAGGGACCAAUUGACGCCGUUAUUAUUAAAAUUUCCGCAACGCAAAAAAGCGAUACGUCUGCCACAAGAAAACUAUAAGGUAUAUUUUGAUUAUCUAAAAUUGAUCACGUAAUUAAUGCAGCAAAGGCAAUCUUAUAAUGAAUGUUUUACCUAUAAUAUAAUCGAUUUAUGAUAAAACUUCUUUCAUCAAAAGCGAUUUGAUCCCAAGAACAUAUUGAGAAACAUAUUUUCUCCGAUGAAAAUCAUUGAUCUACUUUGUGAUUUUUGAAACACUUUCUGUUACUUUAUGCCUCAACCUACACAGCAUAUUGCAAGAUUGCCAAACUUAAAAAAAAAACAUUUUUUUAUGUUCCGUUGCUAAGUUCUGCUUAGUUCUUAUUUAGUAAAAAUUAGCAAUUAUAGAUACCAACAUUUUUUAAGCCAUUUACUUCGCUACCAAUUUCUAGCUAAGAUCUCGAGCCCAUCACAUCGCCGUUUGAUUUUUUUUUAUUUUGAAACCAUGAGAUUACGAGGCUGAUCGAACAGAACUGUGCGAAAAAUGAAAAAAAAUCCAAUAAGUUUUAUUUUAAAAGCAGUGAUGAAAAAAAGUCAUGUCCAGCAUUUUUAAAAAUGAAUAGCUCUCACCGGAUGACACACACAAAAAAGUAAGACAUGAAUUACAGUAAACAUUAGAAAACUCUUGCCGAAAACAAUUCGAGAACAAACGAUCAAAGUAAAUACAAAAUUAAGAUUAAAUUUGAAUACCUAUGGCAAUUGAAACGAAUUUUAACAUGUAUUGUAUCAAACAAAUAUAUAUAUUCUUAUAUAAACGGCAACUACACAGGCAAAAAGGUAUGGAGAUUCGAACAGUCGAAAAAAAAUAUUUUGUGUAAUAUUAUGAUAUGCGGAUAAAAUUUAUGAAUAUACCAAUAACUUGAAACUAAAAAACGAAAAUAAGAUACAGCAACUAAUAACAUCAGAAAAAAAAUCAAAUAUAUUUCAUAUUAAAACGAAAAUCUUUACAACUAGAAAAAAACACAGUAAUGUAAGCAUUUCUGAGCGAAUAAAUUAUUUAUUGAUAAUAAUAAAA